AACCAAUAUGGAAAAAUCCAGAUUGAAUGGUAUCUUUCCUUGACCAAAUAUUUCCUACCUUAAUAGAACCUAGAAGAUGGUUAUGGUGAUAUUUUGGGUGUAUUUAUAAGUCCAUAAACCCAGGGGUUAAAAUCCCAAUUUGGUUGAGCUAUUAAACAUCAAUCAUCUUUCAUAAAUACGCUUUAAUUUAUUAUCAUCAGUAGGGAUAUUGUACGGUUAGAAGGUCUUCAUCCGCCUGUUUGUUAGAUAGGCGCAUAUAUUUUUUCGGCCAGGAAUUGCACAUGAGAGGGAAUUGAGUUAGCAUCCCAUUUUGGUGAAAGUCCUUCUGUCCCGAAAUCUUCACCCAUAAUUCUGGGCUCAGAUUUCUAUCACGAAAACACGGCUUAGUGGUUCUGUACCUUAAAAGAAUAGAGCCCCCAUUGAGCCCCUUCCGGUGUUUCACCUUUUUUUAUUUUUCUUUUGGUUGUCGCUCUUUAUUAUCCUUGUUUAGCCAUGGUGAGAAUCCUGCCUAAUAUCCCUGUCCAGGGCUUACAUUUUGUACAUCCAUCACUUGCAAUUGUGACCAUGGCGAUUGCUGUUGUUUCCAUUCUCUCUGUUGUUGCAUUUCUCUGUGGGUCUGAGAGAGCUAAGAAAUUAAACCGACGUCGGGGAGAAAAACCUGUCCGGUUAGGCAGUAACAAGACUCCUGUUAUGAGGCUACAGAGCAGCCUGAGCAGUAAAACUCAUUUACUGGCAAAGAUGAUUUCUUGGAGGAAAGUACAGGACGAUCAGGGAGAUGGGGAUGAAGAGGAUUUGGGUCAUUUUGAUGGUCAUGUUGUUGAUGAUGAUGAAGAAGGAGCUGUUUGGAAGAAAACCAUCAUCAAAGGCGAAAAAUGUCGGCCUCUGGAUUUCUCAGGGAAGAUUCUGUACGAUUCCGAUGGGAAUCUAAUCCCUGAUUCAUCUUCCCAUCCACAACAAUCCCAGUGAUCGUGUCCCUCACUUUGCUGCAAUCAGCCGGACCCAGUUCAUCAAACAAUUUCGUGUUUUGUUAAUUUUGUUUUCCUUAUCAACUACUACUAUCAAGCAUCAGGUGUUUAGUCAUCUGUUUUGCUGUGUGGAUUCUGACACUGUUCAACUCUGUGCCUGUUUUUUCACCCCCUUGUUCCCGUUUCCUUUUUUAUGUUUUUGGGCUGUGUUUAAAAUAAAAGGGCUUGUGAAUUAAAUUUGUUUCCUUCUCCCCGUAGUGAGUCCGGUGGACUGUAGUCUUAAAAUGCAGCCGAAACGGUCUUGGUUUGUAAAUUCGAUACCUAACGUGGACCAAUGUCAGUAACAUUUAGACCAGGUGACUCUGUAAUUGAGUAUUAGCUUGAAUUUCAUACAAGUAUGGGCUUUCAAGUUCCAACGUAGUAGUGUUUAAUCGCGUUGGAUUCUUCUCCUCCAUAGCUAACUUCUGAGGUGAGUUUCUUCGAGAGCCAUGACGCUAUCAAGUUAUGAGACAUUUGCGAGGCUUUGUGGCUUUCAACUCAAUUUUGUUGAAUUAAAGAAUUUGAGUUUUGCAACUUCUGGCUUUUGGAUGAGGGUGAAGAUAUAAUAAGAGUAAACCAUCAUCCUUUUGCCUACUAAUCAAAGGGUUAUCCCUUCUUUUUACUUUAGAUUUUUCAGCUUGCAUUAUGCAUAUAAUGACUAAUGAGAUCAACCUUUCGCCCACUUUUAUAAAAUUGGACCUCCACUUUUUUGGGCCUUAUUGACC